GUUUAAGAAGUUACAGAUCAGCUGAUGGCUUCAGGCAACAAGUUAAAAGCAUCUACUGUCAAAUAUGGAUGAAUAAAGACGUUUGAGAGAUCAUAAGCAGCCAAAUGAAGGAUCAUAAUAACAGACUUGUGAUGAAUAAGACCAGGCGUUAUUGAACCGCCUCUCCAGUUGAUUUAUAAUCAAUACAGUAAUAUUAACCCAGUCAUUUCCUCUUAGUUCCCUCCUACAUGUAGGUCAGCCAGGAUCAUCCUGCUCCACCCCCAGCAGGGCUCAGCUCAGCUCAAAAACAAAGAAUCUACUUUUUUUUGCAGAGUUUUGGGGUUUCUGAGUUAGUGGGAAUAAUAACUCUUCCCUUGUGCAAACAGCUUGCCCAAACAGAGUCAAAGUGACAGUGUUCAGACCGUGCUCCCGCCCUGCCCUCCAUUCCUCGUCACUGAAAAGCCUUCCUCAUAAAAGAAGAAACACUUCCUCACACCGCGCGGCUCUGCUUCUGCAGCCAGAUGAAAACCAAAGAGUGCCUGACCCACAUGCGACAUCAACUCAUAUCCUACAUAUUUUCGGUGCCGUAAUCACUCCAAAACCGGAUAUGGCUCUUCUGCGGGGAGAAAACGCAAAGCUGCAGAAGCGGAUCACAUAAUGAGAGAGGCGCGGCGGGGUCGCAGGAUUUACGCACUGAAGCGGAGGGACUGUUUUUCCCGAGUUUUCUGGGCUCUAGGGGGGGUGAGGGGGGGACGCCACACGGGCAUCAUGAGAGGAGUGAAAGUUGAUGAAGAGGAGAAGAGACAUGGUCCAGCUUUCAGUCUACGCAUCUGCUGAGCUGCUCCUCACCACGAUUUCCUAUCAGACUGGCUACUGCUGAAGUGCAGCUGUAGUUGGAAGAAGUGAAUUUCUGGAAGUCAGGGGUGCUUCGGAGAUGCCGCUCCCCCGGGGCAUGCUGCUCUGUCUGGGCAUGCUGAUGAUGACUGCAGGGGGGGUCAUGGCCCUGUGCGUGGGCCUUCCUAGCCAUUCAGCACCGCUGUUCGGAGUCGGGCUGUUCCUGGGCCUGGGGGGCGUGGGGCUGCUGGUCAGUGGGCUCUGCAUGACCAUGAAGAAUCUCCAGGUGGCAGUACCCGGUCACUUCCUCCUGCACCCCCGCACCGGCACACGCUUCAGCCCGCAGCAGGCACUGGCCAUACAGAGGAGGUUGGACCGAAUUCGUCGGGAGAUGUCAACAGACUCUGUCAGCACGAGACCAGAGCCGGAACCCUCCCUCCCGUCAACCCCACCUCCCUGGACUAUGGAGCCUCCUCCGUCCUACGACACAGUGAUGAAGAGCCAGGAGCACAACCAGCAGCUUUAACCCCUCACUCUGGUGGACAUAUUUACUUUAUGUCAGUGCCUUUUGUCUUCGGUUCUCAGCGGGAACCUUGAAUGAACAAUCGGUGCUAUCGGUGAACGCUAUCGCUGCAACGGGCUUAUUCUAUGCCUUAAGGCAGCCGCCCUGAUCCUCAACAUGGGCCAAGUAGCAGGAAGAGACUGCAGCUGGUUAAAGACUCAUACAGACUGAGCCCCAGUGUAGCCUCUUUGUCUGUGUUGCGACUGAUCGUGAAAGGAAUUGAAAUGAUCACUACAGCUGCUUCACUCUCUAAACUAAGGGCCUUUCUCAAGACCAUUAUGCAACUUUUACAACAAAGUUGAGGGAUUCACGUCAACAGAUUGGCUGCAAGCCUCCUGUAGACACAUAAUUAGGAUAUUGUAUUAGCCUGCUUGACUUCAUGUGACCUACUACUGUGGAUGCACAGCACUCUUCUUCAAUCACUAUAACAACUUUCCUCACAGUUCCUGUUUGUAUCUGCACUCUAUAUUGUCAUGACUUAGCACAACAAUCAUUCAUUUCUCCAAUGCAAAGUGCCUUAACCAGUGACAGCUGAAUGUCAACAAUACAGUGUUAUUCAUCUUUCAGCUUUGUAUCCAGUAUUUGAAGAAUGUCCACUGUUAGUUCUAUGUUGUGAUGUUACCAUAAACCUGAGUUAAUGAAUA